AUGUCCCAAUCCACCGAGCAGCAAAAGAAGGCGGCGGUUUCCACCGCCGUCCAGCAGAGCGACAACAUCGCCCACGCGCUGGCCGGCGCGGGAGGUGGCAUUUUGUCCAUGGUCAUGACAUAUCCCUUGAUCACCCUGUCGACCCGAGCCCAAGUCGAGUCCAAGCGUGCGCACUCGACCACCCUCGAUGCCGUGCGGCGCAUCGUUCAGCGGGAGGGAAUCUCGGGCCUCUAUGCCGGCCUGGAGUCAGCGCUGUUCGGAAUCAGUGUCACCAACUUUGUGUACUAUUACUGGUAUGAGUGGACUCGGUCCACCUUCGAGAAGGCUGCUAUCAAGGCCGGGCGCGCUUCCAAGAAGCUGUCAACUUCCGAGUCCAUGAUUGCAGGUGCAAUCGCCGGCAGUGCCACAGUGCUGAUCACCAACCCGAUCUGGGUCAUCAACACUCGCAUGACAGCCCGCAACAAGUCCGAGGACGAGCAAGGUCUCCCUGGGGCUCCCAAGAAGCAAAGCCCCUCCACCUUCAGCACCCUCAUGGAUCUGCUGCAGAAAGAGGGCCCCAAGUCGCUCUUCGCCGGUGUUCUCCCGGCACUGAUCCUGGUGAUCAACCCAAUUUUGCAAUACACCAUCUUCGAACAAUUGAAGAAUAUUGUAGAGCGCCGGCGCCGGAUGACACCCAAGGAUGCGUUCUACCUGGGUGCUCUGGGUAAGAUCUUGGCUACCAGCAUUACCUACCCCUACAUUACUGUCAAGAGCCGCAUGCAUGUGGCCAGCAAGGAUGGCCCCAAGGAGAGCUUGAAUGGAAGCCUGAAGCGGAUUAUUCGGGAGGAGGGAUAUACUGGCCUCUACAAGGGCAUUGGCCCCAAGGUCACUCAGAGUGCCAUCACUGCUGCGUUCCUCUUUGCUUUUAAGGAUGUACUGUACGAUAUGAUGGUCAAGGCCCGCAAGGCUCGCAGCAUUCGCAACUAA